CAACUUCCAAGGAACUACACAGGAAGAAUAUAAGUUCAGUUUGAUAGUGUCUGACUGUCAAAGACCAGAAAUGUCUUAUGCGAUCUAUCACAAUACGCCAGAUAAUAUGAUUCAUGGAAUGGACGAAGAGAGAAAGGAGAUGAUAUGUGAGAGUGAAGAUGACUUCAGGACACAGAGAGACUUCGAUACAAACAGACAACAACCACUUCAGUCUACAGGAAGUGAGUAUGUAAGGAUGAGAAGAUACAGAUCAGUUUCAGUGUGUUUGGUGCUGCUGUGUGUUCUUCUACUGACUGCAGUCAUAGUGCUGUGUGUGAAGUUCACAAAGGAAACAAAGAUCGAGAUUCCUGAACAAGACCAGCGCCCACAUAAACCCGAAUGGAUAACACACAAGCUCAGUUCUUACUACAUUUCAUCUGAGUGGAGAAACUGGAGCGAGAGCAGACAAGACUGUUUACAGAGAGGAGCAGAUCUACUGAUCAUAAACAACAAAGAGGAACAAGACUAUAUUAUACAAGUUACCAGUGCAAACCUUGUUUGGAUUGGUCUCACUCUUCGUAAGGAGGAAGGGUCUUGGAAUUGGGUUGAUGGCACCAACAUGACCUUUGUGUUCUGGAGACCUGGGGAACCCAAUAACAAAGUAUUAAAUGAGGAUUGUGCUGUAUCACAGUACGGCUGGUCCGACUAUCCAUGUCAUUUCACUUUUGUGUGGAUUUGUGAGAAGGGAUUAGAAGUUUAACAAACUCAAUUUUGUGUACAUAAAGUAAACACAUCCAAAGUGAACACUCUUAGGCCCUGUUCGCAAGUACACGGGUAUUUUCAAAACUGUACAC